UCAAAAGGUUCACUACUGGCAAAUCCCAGAACGGAAUAUCGAAACAUCCGCGUAUACCAGGGCAAAGUAAAGGCUGUCAUCCUGGACUGGGCGGGAACAGUUUUGGAUUGUGGUGUAUACUCGCCAGCCGUCGUGUUUGUGAAGGUUUUUGAACAAGAAGGCGUUCCUAUCACGAUGGAAGAAGCAAGAGAACCGAUGGGAAGGUGAGAUGUGAAACUUCAGCACAUUUCAAAUGCUCUUUGACUUUGUCUAACACAGUCCCGUACAAAUAGCGUGAAAAAACCUUAAAGGACAUUGGCAAUGAACAAUUAGUUUGUCUCAUUCAAAAGAACUCUUAAAAUUAUAUAUUAAACUCUAUUACCGAUUUGUCAUAUCUUGCUUAGUUCUCGAAAUAUUUAGAUCGAAAUUAAUGAGCUGUCCCGCCAUCUUGGACUAAUUCUUGACCUCAUUAACUAUGGUUUUGAUGACGUCAGGAGUUGGGUUAACCAUACAAAACUACUCUAAAAUGACCGAGUAACAAUCGAAAAUUGUUUGAAAUGUUUUUAAUCAUUUCUAAAUGUCAGACAGCAACCAGAAACAAGUUUUGGACCCAUAUUGAUCGCUUACUCUCAAGAUAAAAAAUUAGCGUGACCCUUCUCUUGACGUAACAUGCAUAUCCUCAAUAAUCCAAGAUGGCGAACAGCUCACUUUUUUCAGUCGAAAUAUUUUGAAAACUAAGCAAGAUAUAAACAAUCUGUAAUAGAGUUUAAUAUAUAUAUAUAUAUAUAUAUUAGUUUUAAGAGUUCUUUCAAAUGAACUAAACUAAUUUUGUAUUUGUAUAAGCAAAACUUAUAUACUGAACUUCAGACAUCAUUUUCUUUUUGGCGUACCAUCUAAAAUCUCUUCAUUUUAGCAUUAUUUUAUAGAUAAAACACUAAACAUACUUUCUAAGUUUGUUUCAUGCCGCUUGAGAAACAUAUCAAAAAUUGAAAAUAUAGUCCUGAACCAGUGGAAAAUUAUAUUCAUCAGUUUUGAGCGCGUGUUAGGUUAACAUACAAAAGAUUCUACUCUUAACUCAACGAAAGUUUCUAGAUAUAGGGAUAGAUAUCGAUCUCUCUGUCUCGUCUGUUAUAUAUCUAACUGUAUCUAUCUUUCAGACACAAAAAGGUACACAUUCGCAUGAUCACACAAAUCGACUCAGUGAGGAAACGAUGGAAGGAAAAAUUUGGCGUAAAUCCCACCGAGAAAGACGUGGAAAGAAUGUUUGAAAAUUUUGUCCCGAUGCAAUUGGCUUGUCUGGACGAAUAUGCAGAAAUGAUCACAGGUAGGGAAAUAUGAGGGGGUCACUGGGGGGUAUUCAAUACCGUAAUACCACAAGCAAAUUUUGUCAAUUACCGCUGUUUUUGAGUCCAAAAUUGCAAAUAUACCGUGUACCGCAAGAUUUCCAAUAUCGUAUAAUACCGAUAUUUUUUAAGGGAAAUACCGUAAGAAAAAUAAGCUAAUACCGCCAUAUCGUAAAUCCCAAUGUCCCAACACGACACAGUGAUACAGUCAUGACAUAACAAGAAUGUUACAAGGUUGUUCUAACAAGUCUGAUACAGUCAUGAUAAAACAAGAAUGUUACAAGGUUGUUCUAACAAGUCUGAUACAGUCAUGAUAUAACAAGAAUGUUACAAGGUUGUUCUAACAAGUCUGAUACAGUCAUGAUAUAACAAGAAUGUUACAAGGUUGUUCUGACAAGUCUGAUACAGUCAUGACAUAACAAGAAUGUUACAAGGUUGUUCUAACAAGUCUGAUACAGUCAUGAUAUAACAAGAAUGUUACAAGGUUGUUCUAACAAGUCUGAUACAUUCAUGAUAUAACAGGAAUGUUACAAGGCUGUUCUAACAAGUCUGAUACAGUCUGAUAUAACAAAAAUGUUACAAGGUUGACGACACAAGGUUGUAACAAUAUUGUUAUAUCAUGACGGCAUCCGACUUGUUGGAACAACCUUGCAACAAGUCUGAUAAUAUCAACAAGGUUGUUACAAGUUGUUAACAGCUUGUUGCAAACUUGUUGACAACUUGGGACAAGCAGUGCGAACACAACUUGUUGACGGCUUGUUGGCAGACUUGCUACAAGAUGUGAGAUUUUUGCAUAUGUAGUUUAAAUCGAGGAUGCCAGAUUUUUCCCAACCGAAGCAAAGAAAUGAUUAAAUGUUUCGACAAUAGACUUGAAUUUCAAUUUCAUCAGACUUCAAUUUCAUUGCUCUUAAAUUUCGUUCAGACUUGAACUAAAUUCAUCUGUUGUAAUAGGUGCUGUUGAUACAGUGGACAUUCUGCAGAAAGAUUGGGGUUUAAAGAUCGGCUCGACUACGGGCUUUACAACUCCAAUGGUAGAUGUACUAAAGAAAAUCGCCGAAGAAAACGGAUAUGUACCCGACUGCUACGUCGCCGCUGACGAAGUACCUCAGGCUCGGCCCUAUCCAUAUAUGGUAUGGUUGAACGCUAUCCGAUUGGAUGUGAAUCCUAUUUCAGCGAUUGUGAAAGUUGAUGAUACCACAGACGGAGUGAGAGAGGGGACCUCUGCUGGCUGCUGGAGUGUUGGUCUGGCUAGAACAGUAAGCGCUAGAUUGUUGUUUAGAUCUGUUUAAUGCAUGAUUCCAGGUAUAGACGGAAUUUUGAUCUAGACAAGAAGAACACGGAAUCCAUUACCAUAGCUGGAAAGAGCAUCUUAAAAUGAGUGAAAUUGCAAAGUUUGGUUGCGAAUUGUUGUAAAAUGAGGAAAUUAUAGCCCUGCGAAGUUCGCAAAUUUUGUACCAUUUUUGAGCCGAAAGUUGUUAUUUUUUACCGCGCGUCAUACAAAUAUAUACAAAAUUUGCGAACUUCACAGGGCUAUAUUUUCUGCAUUUUACAACAUUUAGCAACCAAUCUUCGCAGUUUUACUCAUUCUAAGACGCUCUUUCUAGCUGUGAUGAUGGAUUUUGUUCUUCUUGCCUUGAUCAAAAUUUAGUCUAUAGCUGAUGUCGACACAGAGUCGAUUUGUGUGAUCAUUCCAAAGCAUGACCCACCGAAAUAUUCAGCCGUUCCGCACGUUGUAACCAAUAAUUUAUUGGCGUUGUAAUGCCAUUGUAUGCAAUAAGGUAUCGGGUUGUAAUGGUCUACAAUUAAUCCAAACGUUAAUCCUAAUCCAAACCCUAACCCUAACCCUAACCUCUAACCCCUAACCCCACCUCCUAACCCCUAACUCCACCUCCUAACCCCACAGCCUAACCCCUAACCCUGGAGCCGGCCUGCUACCCCUCCGGGGAAAACAUUUCUCUUCGGCGCUACCCCCGCCAUGCAUAAUAAUGACCGCUCCCUUACAACAAAAGGAACUCAAAUAAUGAUACGUUUUUAAACUCAAAUAAUGAUACGUUUUAAAAACAAACGCUUUUGAAAAUAGCGGUAAUAUAAUCUUUUUUAUGAUCCAAUUUUUUUAGGGUAAUUACGUUGCAUUAAACGAAAGUGAAAUAAACGAACUGAGCGAUGAAGAAUACGAACUCAAGAUUGCGAAAUCCUACGAAACUUUGGCGAACGCGGGCGCACAUUACGUCAUCGACAGUAUUGCUGAACUCCCCCCCGUAAUUGAAGAUAUAAACCGCAGACUCGCUGCGGGCGAGCGACCUUGAACGAUCAUUUCUGAUGAUAUUUUUGACAUAUUUGACCAUCAUAUUCUGGUACAGAACUUAUAAUUAAUUUUACAUAUAGAUUAUAAAGUGCGGCAGAUUGCACAAUAUUAAUUUUGUAACCAAUAUAUAGUUCUAUUAUUAUAAAUCGUUCUCAUCAAUUAGAGUACGAAGAUUACGAGUAUUGAAUUUUUGGCCCAGAAAAGCUAGGCCUAGGAACACUGUUUCAGUUCCAGGAAUGGGAAAAUGAAUUUCUGCCUAUACCCUUUCGCAAAUAAGAGUUUUUGUUCUGUAAAGCGCUACUGUCGUACUGAAGUUUAGCUUAGUUAUUUUGUAGUUUACACAGUUAGAACCAUUUUAAUGGAUCUGGCGGUUGAAAAACACAAAAUAAUAGUUAAAUAUUGUCAAUUUCAAUACAAUUAUCAUUGAUGCUGUACUGAAUUGACGCCAUAUUUAUACAGCAAUAUAAAAAAAACUUACUGAACUUCAGACAUCAUUUUCUCUUUGGCGUACCAUCUAAAAUCUCUUCAUUUUAGCAUAAUUUUACAGAUAAAGCACUAUUAAAACAUACUUUUUGAGUUUUUGCCGCUUGAGAAACGUCCUAGCUUUGAGCUAAGUCCUAGCUCAAACUUAUUCAUGUUAAAUAGAUAUUUUUCCAUUAUCGAACUCGAUUAAAAAUGAGAAAUAUUAAUUAUGUGUAUGAAUUGUAAUUUUUAACCUCCAUACUCAAUAGGUUAAAUUAAAAUGUGUGAGAAUUUAUGAAAAAAUCGUGCAUAAUUCUUAAUUUACUUUAUGAAGUAAAGUUGGAAUGCUAUAUACAAAUAUAUACAGUAAUUUAGUACAUACAGCUUUGCUAAAUAUAAUAGUACUAACUAUAAUAUUGUAAUUGUAUAUUCGUUGGUUUUACAUCAUCUUGUGUUUAUGAUUUCCUUCGGUUCUUUUGGACUCUUGGUCUUGUUCACGUUCGUCAUAUAGCACACGCGUAAAAGCGCACAAGUUGUAACAAACCUGCAGCAGACUUGUAGCAAUGCUGUUCCAACAACUUGUCAACAGCCAGGUGAUCUCGUGUUCGUAUUUUAGUAGACUUGCUCCAAGUCUCCACAAAGAGAGACUUGGAGCAAGUCUAGUAUUUUAGCCAAUCGGCGCUCAGAAAGGGUUGUCCGAAUAGAAAUCCAUUUUGAUGUAUUCAGUCAAUUAUAUCUCUCGUUAUUCUUUAUGAAACUAGUUGAAAUUUUGUAAUUAUGUUCGGUUAUGAGAACUCUAGCUCUGACAAAAAUAUGGAAUCGAAAUAAAAUAUAUUACAGGAGAUAUUCAGUUGUUUUAAUCGUAAAAUGGAUUUCUAUUUGACAACUAGUGCCAGUACUUUUCCGCGUAUCAAGAUCAUCUGGAGGAUGUGUUCGCACUGCUUGUUCUCAGCUUGUUGACAACUUGCUACAAGGUUGUUGAGCUCAACAGACUUGUUAUAAGUUGUUCCAACAACUUGUUAUCCUCUUGCAAUUCAACAAUUUGUCAACAAGUUGUGAGUGACAACCUUGUAGUAACUUGAUGAAAUAGCAGCAUUGUUACAACUUGUUGACAAGCUUGGUACAAGCCUGUUGCGAACACAUCUUUUUGACAAGUUGUGAGAUUUUUACGUCCGUAGUACACACAUAAAAACGCACAAGUUGUUACAGGUCUACAAACAAAUUGUUACAAAUCUGUUCACAAACUGUCGACAAAUUGUGUUCGCACUGCUUGUUCCCAGUUGUUGUAACAAGGUUGGUGGCAUCAGAUUUGUUGCAAGGUUGUUCUAACAAGUCUGAUACAGUCGUGAUAUAACAAGAAUGUUACAAGGUUGACGACACAAGGUUGUAACAAUAUUGUUAUAUCAUGACUGUAUCGGAUUUGUUGGAGCAACCUUGCAACAAGUCUGAUAAUAUCAACAAGGUUGUUGCAAGUUGUUAACAGCUUGUUCCAAACUUGUUGACAACUUGGGACAAGCAGUGCGAACACAACUUGUAGACGGAUUGCUUGCAGAUUUGCUACACAAGAUGUGGGAUUUCCAUUUGUAGACCUAAAUUGCACCGCUUCACAGCUUGUUGACAACUUGCCACGAAGCUGAUAACUCGAAGAUUGAAGAUUCGGCCAUCUCAAAUAAUGGUAAUGUUGGGAUAGUAGCGUUGCAGACUGCAGAGGAGAGUGGGCAGUAAGGCUCCCUCGUGCACCACCCCAUGGAAAACCUGCACCCCUCCUUGCAGAUGAGGCUAGAUCCGACCCACAAGUUGAUCAUAUCGUCAUUCAGCGCGCUUCUAUAACUUUGUCCCAAAGCUUCCUGUACUAUUGUCCACAUCAGUUAUCCUAACGUGUCCCGCACUGUCUCCUGAGUUCAUAACAUGACCACCAAUGCCGACGACAUUUCGCUCGUCACCGAGCGACUCGUGCGAGGAUUUUGUCGUGGGUCGUGGCUUUUGAGUGUUUGGUUGCUUUUGAAUAUAACUUUCUUCGCUUGAUUUAGGAGUUUCAAUGUUUUUGCUUGAAAUUUGGGCAAUUUGUUGUUGUGAAUUGGUAUUUGGCUGUUUUUCCUUCAAUACACUCUGUCCAGUUUUGGCUAAAUUUGAUCCCGUUUCAUUGUUUUGAACAGAACUUGCGCCAUCUUUUUGCAA